AUGUUUCUAUAUAGUAACACGAUCUUGAUCUUAAUAUUCUCGAGUAUCCUUAUAAGAGCUCAACAGAAUAACGUUUGCAAAGAAUUCAUUCAGUACAUGACCAAAACCGAUGGUUGCUAUUACAAUCCAGACCAAAACACGGAGCUUCCUGACAUUGUAAAGAGGAUGGGUUACCCUGUUGAAAAUUACACUGUGACCACAGAUGAUUCUUAUAUAUUGACAGUAUUCAGAAUACCAAGACCUGGCGCGAAACCAGUCUUCGUUCAACAUGGUAUUUCCGUAUCCGCGAUUUGCUUCACGGACACCUUGAAUGAUUCCUUAGCUUACGUUUUGUACGAUGCGGGCUACGACGUUUGGUUGGGAAACUUCAGGGGCAACAGAUAUGCAAACAAACAUGUUUUUCUUAAUACAGAUACACUGGCUUACUGGAAUUUCAGUUUUCACGAAAUGGGCAAAUACGAUUUGAAAUCGCAAUUAGGGUUGGUUUACGAAGAAACAAACCAGAAAAUAUAUUACAUUGGUUAUUCCAUGGGCACAACCGCAUCGUACAUUUACAAUAUUUUGCAUCCUGAAGAGUCUUUACAAAAACUAAAUAUUAUGGUAAGCCUAGCGCCAAUUGCUUACUUGAGAAAUAUGUCAGAAAUUUUCGAAUCGUUGGCUGAAUUAUGGAUGCCUCUUGAGCCAGAAAUUUCUACAAUUACCCACGGAGUAGUCCAACAAAGAAGCGAAUUUUCGACAUUUCUUACUGAAACUUUAUGCUUAUCGAAUACCAUCACGAUGUUCAUCUGUCAGGUCUUCACUCAGAGUUUCGUCGGAAUGGAUUUAGAGCAGUUGAGAGCGGAAACGCUGCCAAUAGUUUCAGUUCAGAAUCCGGAUGCAGCUUCGACAAAGACUAUAACACAUUAUGCACAAUUCGUAAACUCUAAACGAUUCCAGUAUUUUGAUUACGGCCGUACCGCAAAUACAAGAAUCUACGGUGACCCAAUUGCACCUUUGUAUGAUAUAAGCAAUAUAACUAUUCCUAUAUACUUGAUGCAUGGUGAAAACGAUCAGCUUGCUACCAUGUCGAACGUUGAAAACUUCUUCAAGGAUUUGCCAGAAAGUACAAAGAAGAACGGAAAAUUUUUAGUGCCAUACAAAAAAUUUAACCACUUGGAUUUCAUUUCCGCCAAGGACCAAAAAUCUUUGUUAUACGACCCUUUAGUGAACUUUCUGAAAAAUCCUAUACUAUAA